CAUCUUACCAAUCAAGUCAAAGUUUCUUCGUUGAGUAUUUUUCUUUUCUAUUCUUAUCAAUGGCUUCAUCUGCCAUGUCUCUCCAAUCUGUGUCUAUGACAAUGACAAAUCUUAACAAUCACUCCUGUUUUCAGCGAAGCUCUCUUCUUGGUUUCUCUAAAUCCUUUCAGAAUCUUGGUAUCUUGUCUAACGGUCCGGAUUUCUACUCACGAUCAAGUUUCACUCUCAAGAAGAACCUCACUCCUUAUCGAGCUCUCUCCCAAAACGGGAAUAUUGAAAACUCCAGACCAAGUAAAGUUCAAGAACUAAGCAUGUACGAACUCAACGAAUUAGAUAGACACAGCCCAAAAAUUCUUAAAAACGCUAUGAGCCUAAUUUUCGGUCUCGGAGACCUCGUCCCAUUCACAAACAAACUCUACAUCGGCGACCUCAAAAAGCGCGUUGGCAUCACGGCCGGUCUGUGCGUGGUGAUCGAACACGUUCCCGAAAAGAACGGUGACAGAUUCGAAGCCACUUACAACUUCUACUUCGGAGACUACGGCCACUUGUCAGUACAAGGACCGUACUUGACUUACGAGGACUCGUUCUUGGCCAUCACUGGUGGCACAGGAGUCUUCGAAGGUGCGCACGGACAGGUUAAGCUUCAACAGCUUGUGUACCCGACAAAACUGUUCUACACUUUUUACCUUAGAGGGUUGGCCAAUGAUUUGCCGGACGAGCUCACCGGAACGCCGGUUCCUCCGUCUAAAGACGUGAAACCGGCGGCGGAAGCUAAGGCCCUGGAGCUUAGCAGAGUUAUAUGUAACUAUACUAAUUAAUUCCUGAUAUUAGUCCUAUGUUUAAUCUCUUGUAUUAAUAGAUUCAUUAGGGAUUAUCUACUUGUCAUAUUCCUUUUUUGUCGCCGCCAAUAAAUUAUAUAUAGAAAUAAUUAGUAAAGUAGAUACUUUUUCGAAAUAAUUUGGAAAGUAGACACUUUUUAAAACAAA